GGUUCCCUAGUUUGUUUAGGUUUCCUUGAAACAGUCGAGAUUCUACGUUAGAUCCCCCCGCACGAAAAUUUUAAACCCUGAUUAUUCUUGGAAAUUUAUCCACAAAAUGUCAGUAAUACCUCACUAGUUUGUGGUCAUAGCUCAUGCCCUCAGGAACUAGCGUCACUGUGUUUCAUACACAAACCAGCUUGGUUAUCACUUAUGAUACAGGAGAGUAGGUACUCUUCUUUAUUAUAAGGUUUCGUUAAAUUAAUUGUUUACUGUGUAUUUAACCCAGAACUCUUGGUUCCCAACAUGAAUGUCAGCCACAAAAUACGAACUGAAGUCAUUCAGGCUGGUUCUUACACUUAUCAGCUUCUGAAAAUAAAAUUCACUGGGAUAAUUAUGAUUGUACUAUGGUUCGUUGGAAGUUUGGUCCUCUCAAAUAAUCAGGACCUAUAAAUUAGACAUACAGCCAAACUAAACGGGACUAGAAAUCGUUUCAUUUUUACAGAUUAUCUUGGAAAUUGAGUCGAACUUCAUUUUAACAACACAUCUUGUCCAAUACUCCCUAAUUAGUUAUUCCGCCUUACAUGUCUAUGGUGAAUUUUUCAGUCCUUAAUAUUACCCACUAUUAGUUAUCAUGAUAGUUGUAGAUUACCUACUGAUUCCUUUUGAACACAGUCGUUUUAGCCCAAAAAUAGCUAUAGUUCCUGGAAGUUUGAGUCUAAUCGAGUUGCUCUGUUUAUUGAUCAUUUUGGAUGGACACAUUAUGUAGACCGGUUGUCCAGGCAAAGACUUUUCAUCCAAUUCAAAGGGUCCGUGUCAUGUAAAUCGUGUAAAAAGACGGCUAUAAAUUUGGCAAUUUUGUAUCAUUAAAAACGUAACAAUAAGACAUUCAUAAGUAAACGAGUAGGCCUACAGUGUAUGUAUACCAUUUUGUGUAACUACAGUCAUUAUUAUAUCGUCUCUAGAAAUAAUAAAAAAUUACCUAGUGACAUUUCAUUUGAAAUCUAAUAGUAAUAUUAUCUGCAAGGUUUAGUCACUAAGAUUAACUUUUGUAUUGUAUUCUUGGUUCAUUUCAUUGCAUCUACCAAUGCAUUUUCCUUCAAUAGCUUAAUUACUAUGGAUCAUUUGGAAACCACCUAUAAAUUUUUGAUACCGUCGUUCAUGCCAGCCAUAACUCAUCCCCUGACUUAUGCCAGGACAAUGAUGUUGUUGGGGUAUGAACCAUUUCCUCCUGUUCGUCGAUUUACUUUACGUAACAUUCUACGUCCGAACUAUGAAGUAUAUUACUACCCAAGUGUUUUCACUUACUGUCGUAAACUUCGCCAAGAGGUUGGGUUGUAUGGAAUUUUCACCAUUGGACUUCCUGCUAAUAUUAUUGGGUCAUUUGUUAAGUCGUACUCUACCAACAUCACUAUGGAGUAUUUAACUCCGGACUUUUUUGAAAAGAAAACAUUUUUUGAAACUGAUAAAGGAAUCAGAAUUUUUUUGAUCAGUACCAGUAAAUGUACUGUUGCUCGAGUAGUGGGUGUAGUUGUUAGUUAUCCAUUCCAAGUCAUAAUGAUUCGCCAAAUGUCGCAAUUUAUCAAUGGGACACAAUUAUAUGAUUGUAUUUUCAAUGCUUUUCCUACUAUACUGAGAAAUGAAGGUUUUUUAAGUUUCUUCAGUGGUUUGACACCUAGAUUAAUUGGAGAAGUUAUUACAGUUUGGUUGACUGCUUGUCUUGCCUAUUUUUUCAAUAAAUAUAUUUUCAUGGACCGUAUCGACCCUCCUCUGAAAAAGCACACUCCAUUGGUAACUGAGAUGAUAGUAAGUGGCGCCACUCAUGGACUCACAGUCACCUCCACAGUUAUGGCUGCUUGUGACUCGACUAUUAACGUCGUACCUGUAUUCAACAAUUGGUGGCAGUGUUAUUCCUAUCUCAGCCAAUCUGAUGCUUUUGUUAGAGGAUCAUCUUUAUUCUUCCGACGUGCUCCUUCACCAGUGUCUAAAUUACAUGGCUAUAGUCAGUGA